AAAAAAACUUUGAAAUUAAAUUAUGAGAAAACACAGUAUUAUAUUGAAUGGCUACGGAAACGCGUUGUAAGUAAUCCAGACUGGUUCAAGAAUUAUAAGGCUCAAAAAGGCAUCAUCUUCGUUCGCCAGGAGUUUGAAAAGUUCUGGAAUGAAGGGAAAAUUUCCGAAGAAUAAAACAUUAAAAGAUUUCGAUGCCUCUCAAUCCUUUAAAUUGAAUCGAUGAUUUGAGAACUUACAAACGGUUGAACAUGUCCAUCGAAGAUUUUAAAAGAGACAAAAUAGAAUCAGUACACAAACUAUUAGGCUUAUACCCAGGUUUUCAAUUCGCUGAAAGUUUGACAGCUGCUUUUGUUGUGAAGGGUGAAAGAGAAGCUGUCCAGCCUAUUUGGUUGAAGAAAACUGAACCCGAACGCCUUGAACCUGUUAUAAUUGAGCAAGAUCGAAUCCGACCACACUUAACACAAACAAAAGAAACACCUGAAUCUAUAGUUAGACAGCGAAGCGACGUUUCUAUGGAAGAUGUCGGCGAUCUAUCUUCGCUAUUGGAAUCACUUCAAUUGCUAACCGUUGCAAAUAAUUCACAGAUUCAAAACCAAAACAAACUUACAGCCUUACGCAAACUGGCGAACUUGCCAUAUGCAAAGUUGGAAGCCAUUGUAGCAGCUAUAAAGUUCGAAUCUUGGUCAGAUGACUUAAUUUCCGAUCUUUUCAAUGAAAUAACUGACGGACAAGACGCGACGAGCAUUACAUCUAUACUACUCGUUCAUGCAGCAGCUUUUACUAAGAUAACUACUUUGACUUCUAGCGCAUCAAGAUUGCUCGUGAAUAGUUUGAUUCAAGUAGCCAAAAAUAACGGAAGAUGUGUUGUAUUUGGCUUACUCCUUCCAUUGUUAUUUCAAAGUGAACUUAAAAAGCCUCAAUCCGAAUUGAUUUCAAAAGUAGUAUCUGAAGCAUUGAAUCCGUUGUAUAAAACUACUAUUCUUCAAGCUAUACUUUCGGAUGGAGAGACUUAUUUUACAAGCAAUUUAUUCGUGUUUACGCACCUAGAACGUAAAUUCCUGAGACCAUGGACUAAUGAAGCGUUCCAAAUUAUUCAUAGCUUAUGCACUUCACAACCUUUGAUCGUGUUUACAAAAAGUCUACUAUUUGAUCUUUUAAAAUCGCUGCAAGUUAUUGUACAGUCUAAUCCCAAAGAUAAACCAUCCAUGCAGUUAUUGCUGGCACUUGCGAACAAACAUCAUCAAGCUGUUAUGGAACCGGAAGCAAUCAAUUUGGUGGAGGCAAUUUGUGAAGCAAGCACCAUGUUCUUGAAACGAGCAGUAUCGGCUCAAUUGACAUUGCUCAAAAAAAGAAACUGAUAAUUACCAGAUUAUUGAUGUUAUAACGCAUGUAACUAAUAGAUGUAAACCAAUCAUCAUGUAUAUAUCAUACA